AUGCGUUUGCUCCUUUCGUCGUCAGACGAGCUCUCUCAGCCGUGCUCUUGUCUUACGAGCUCCCUCCGCCGCCGCUCUCGCGCUGCUUCUUCUCUCCUCGCCAGAGGUUUGUUAUCGUCUUCUCUCAUCGCUGUUAGUUCAGAGAGUAACAUUUACAAUGUGAUCUCUCCUGCGACAGUUAUUGGAAGAAGCAUGAGUUAUGGAAAGGACGACAUAGAAGCUCCUCGGAGCUCCGAUGACAUCGACGACGGAGGCUCCUCCUCCAGUCCCUUUGAUAUUGCCAGAACAAAAGAUGCUUCCGUUCAACGAAUUAAGCGUUGGAGGCUUGCGAUUUGUGAAUCUCUUCCAAAACAUUGUACACCAGAGGAUAGGAACAGGAACAAACAUGUAGUUCUGUCAAGAAUAACAACAGCACUCCAGGGUUCUUUCUGUACAAAUAGAAUCGGCAGAACAUGUCAAGUUAAUAAUUUUGUUGCAUUCAAUGGAGGGGGUAAACCUCCUGAUUGGCAAGAUUUUGUUGGUAUUAUCACUUUGCUUGUCAUCAAUUCAACCAUCAGUUUCAUAGAGGAGAACAAUGCUGGUAAUGCUGCUGCAGCUCUCAUGGCUCGUCUCGCUCCAAAAGCAAAGGUUGCUGAUGUGAAGAGAAAUAUAGAGAAAGAACAAGGUGCUGAAGUUUAUCCAGCUGCACAACAAAUGCUUAUUCAUCAGGGGAAAGUGCUUAAGGAUGACACAACCCUUGAAGACAAUAAAGUUGCUGAGAAUAGUUUUGUGGUGAUCAUGCUAUCCAAGAGUAAGGUAUCAUCAGGUGAAGCCUCAACUGCAUCACCUGCAUCCGCAAAACAGGCAGCUGAACCGACGAGUUCUUUGCCUCCCACUUCAUUGCCAUCCUCAACAUCUCAACCUCCUGCUUCAACUGUAGGACAGGGAGUAUCCAAUUCUGAGCAAAAUCCUGUUACAACUCCUGCCAGUGAUGUGGCCGGCAUUUAUGGCCAAGCAGCAUCAAACCUCAUUUCAGGAAGCAAUUUAGAAUCGACUAUUCAACAGAUUCUAGACAUGGGGGGAGGUAGUUGGGAUCGAGAUACUGUUAUCUGUGCUCUUCGUGCAACAUUUAACAAUCCUAAAAGAGCUGUUGAGUAUCUCUAUUCGGGCAUUCCUGAACAAGCUGAAGUACCAGCAGUUGCCAGAACCCCCGCUAUUGGGCAGGCAGCAAACCCUUCAGGUGAGGCUCAGGGUCAAGCUCAGGUUGCACCUUCUGGUGGGCCCAACACCAACCCACUCAACCUCUUUCCCCAGGGUAUUCCCGAUAUGGGUGCAAAUGAAAAUGCGGGCGACUUGGAUUUCCUGCGAAACAGUCAACAGUUCCAUGCCCUGAGAGCGAUGGUGCAAGCAAAUCCCCAGAUUUUGUAG